AUGUUGGGGCGGAUGAAUCAGACAGCCCGAAUCGGAAUCUGGGAAGCACCAUUGCACUACCAAGCCCUUCAAAGGAUGUUCAUUGCAGCGCUCCACAAGAGAGGCCACUUCACAAGGUUGAAGACGUACUUCAUUGCCCUGACGAAGGAAGCAUCUUGCGAACUCAAAUGGUGGUCUUCAGAGAGACUGCAUCAAAUCAACGGGAUGGCCUUGAACCCUCCAGCAAUCGACAAGAUAAUAUCGACAGACGCCUCCAAGAAAGGUUGGGGAGCCAGUUCUCUGGGACAAAGCACAGGUGGUCAGUGGCAGAAGGACGAAGCCAGAGCUCACAUCAACGUGUUGGAACUGAAGGCAGCUUACCUAGCCGUUCAGGCGUUUGUGAGAGACAGUACGCGUCCACACCACAUUAAAGUGCUUAUGGACAACUCCACUGCAGUUUCGUACAUUAACAAGCGAGGGGGGACACAUUCACCAACUUUGGCAUCUCUGGCAUUAGAGAUAUGGAACUUUUGCAUUUCCCAGCAGAUAUGGAUUACAGCGAGACAUGUUCCAGGAGUGACCAAUGUCGAAGCGGACUUUGCGUCAGGGAAUUUCAACAACCGAACAGAAUGGACCUUGGAGAAGAGAGUGUUCCAGAUGAUCACCAAAAGGUUCUACACACCACAGGUGGACCUAUUUGCAUCUCGCAUCAACCACCAGCUUCCUCGCUAUGUGGCAAGAUACCCCGACCCAGGGUCAAUGGCAACGGAUGCUUUCCUUCAAUACUGGGGGCAGUGGACUGUGUUUAUAUAUGCUCCAAUAGUGCUCCUGCCUCGGAUUCUUCAAAAACUGCGACAGGAUCAAGCAACAGGGCUAGUAAUAGCCCCAACAUGGCCAGGGCAGCCCUGGUUUCCGACUCUUCUGGAGUUGCUGGUAGAUUUUCCAGCGCAGUUACUAAUAGCAGAAAGGACGAUCUUCUUACCUUUCGAGCAGCAGGCUAUCCAUCCAAUGUGGAAAAAUCUGCGUCUAGCUGUUUGA